GCCAGCCAGCCAAACCGACCAACCAGCCUCCUUCCUCUUGCUUACAUCUUCUAUUCACUGGAAAGUCUGUCUGCUGCUGUAACAGUCGCUAUCAACUACAACAGGGUCACACACAUACACACACACACACAUACAUACCCCCCUCCUCUCCGCUCUAUAUGUGGUGGCGAGGGAAUUGUUUUGGUGACUAAUUUUUCAAGGUUUCCGAUGAUUUAACACCUGAACUGAGUUCUUCCUCUUCCACAGGUGUGCAGAACCAACCGUUUUCUGCGAUAGUCUGCUGCAAGACAAGGAGAAGAACAGCAGCAACAGCAGUCUGUUCGUUUGAUUUUACUGUCACACGUUACUUACACACAUGUAUUAGACGUUACCUGUUGAAUUAAUUGGACUAACUUAAAAAACAGCUCCAUUCUCAAUUCUUGGAUACUAACAGUUGCAGCAGUUGUUUUAUUAUGCAGCUCUGUAGAAAUGCACCGAAAAUAGUGAUUAAAUCAGACUGGUGCUUGGCUUUAUAAGUUCUGGAUUUUUUAAUGGAUUCAUAUGGAUUAUCAAUAUUACAAAGAUCUUCCAUAAAGAUUAUUGAUCACAGCAUCUCGUGUGAGUUGGAAAUAAACUCCUUGUAGCUAUAGCAACCAAAACUCUUGUAGUUCUCCUGGAGUACUGUGAAAACAGUAUCAAGUUUAUUGAUUCAAUUGGUUGAAAUACAUACACAGUUUCAAUGGUGAUGAAUAUUCCAAAGUUAAAAAUGAAAGAUCCAGAGGGAAACAGUGAUAUGGUCACCUUACCUGAAGGUACACCACCCUUUAAUAUGGCAAACAGCAGUCCAGUUGUACAACAGAUUCACCGUGAGUUCUUGAGCUGUGGAAUUUGUCUGGACCGUUAUCAGAAUCCCAAAGUUUUGCCGUGUUUACACACAUUCUGCGAGCACUGCCUGAUAAGUUACAUUCCUCCGGAGAGUCUGUCUUUGACGUGUCCGAUCUGUCGCCAACAGUCCAUCCUUCCAGUGGAGGGAGUCUCGGCGAUGCAAACCAAUUUCUUCAUUACUAAUCUAAUGGAUGUUCUUGGACAAACCAACGUCUGCACUGCUUGUGUAGACAACACAAAAGCCACAUGCAAAUGUACAAACUGUGACAAUUUCCUGUGUCAGCGUUGUUCUGAAAGUAGCUGUGGAGGUCAAGCUUCAAGAGACCAAGGAAGUGAGACUCCCAACGAGAUGGCCACCAGUGUCCACAAUAUUAUACGACUCAGUGAAUUAGCCUUGACCGAAGAUAAAGAAAACAGACUUGUUUGUCCGAGCCAUGAAGGUAGAUCACUACAGUUCUACUGUUGCGCUUGUGAAACAGCUGCCUGUGAAGAAUGCACUGCCGUCCAUGUUGGUCAUAAAACAAUUCCAUUGCAAGAUGCAAUUAAAGAACACAAAGCUGGUCUCCAGCGACUUAUUUCAGGGGCCAGAGCUCAAAUCCCUGGAAUUCAGAAGUCUGUUAAAGAAGUUGAGGAAGUUUCUGAAAAAUUAAACCAUAAAUUGAGGGAAGCUGAAGAUGAAAUAGUCAGUGCUUUUGAUGUUCUCGACAAACUAAUAGUGCAACAAAAGACAACACUACUCAAAGAGUUGUCAGAAGUACACACAUCCAAACAGAUGGUGCUGAGUAAACAGAAAGAAACCCUUGAGAGCACACUUUCCAGAAUUUCCAAUUGCUGUGAAGUCACAGAGGAAGCCCUUACUCAUGGUAAAGAAACAGCAAUUCUAGUGGUGAAAAAGGAAGUGACAGAGAAAUUGCAAGAAUUAGGGUCUAUGAGCAUAAAUUAUCAACCUGAAGAAAACGAAUUUUUAGAAUUUGAUAGUUCAUGUUUCCAAUCUUUGAAAAAGUCAAUUGUAAACCUUGGACAUAUUCUCACUAACAGUGCAGUUGGCUAUGAAACAACAGCAACGGGAAAUGGUCUCAAAUAUUCUUACAUUGGUAAAUAUUCUACCGUAUCUGUUACUACAAAAGAUAGAAAAGGGGAAUUGGUUAAACUGGGAAAUGCAACGGUUGAAGCUGAGUUACUGAGCCUAAAUAAAGACAUCAUUGUUGAACCACAUAUCACUGACCACAAAAACGGAACAUACGACAUUACUUAUUCUAUUCCUAAAGAAGGAACUUAUGAGAUGUUUAUCAAGGUUUUUAACCAACCAAUUAAAGGUUCUCCAUUCAAAGUGAAAGCUUUACCUGCAGGAGAGGAAAGCGAUCUAUUGGGAGCCUCAACUAGGAUACCUAAAACAAGUGCUGUAAAACAACGUGGGACCAAACGACCAUCCAGUUCAAGAUCGCAUGGAUCUAACCGUAAGAGUAACGUUAUUGAAGAUGACCUCAUUUUGAAGGUUGGAGUAAAAGGUCGAAAUAAAGGUGAAUUUACAAAUCCACAAGGAUUAACCUCCAUUAAUGGUAAAAUUCUUGUAGCAGACAGUAACAACCAAGUUGUGCAAGUGUUUUCAUCAUUAGGGGACUGUAAACUUCGUUUUGGUUCGCCAGGUCGAGGUCCUGGAAAAAUGCAACGUCCGACUGGUCUUGCAGUCACCAUGAAUGGCAAUUAUUUAGUUGCAGACUAUGACAAUAAAUGGGUGAGUGUUUUCUCCCCAGAUGGUAAAUAUAUUAACAAGAUUGGUAACAAUAAACUGCUGGGACCAAAGGGUGUUGCUGUUGAUAAAAAUGGACAUAUUAUUGUUGUGGAUAACAAAGCAAGUUGUAUAUUUAUCUUCCAGUCGAAUGGAAAACUUAUCCAAAAGUUUGGUUCUCGUGGAAAUGACGACAACCAGUUUGCCGGACCACAUUAUGUUGCAAUCAAUGCCAACAAUGAUAUUAUUGUUUCUGAUUUUCAUAAUCACUGUGUGAAAAUCUUCAAUUCAGAAGGCAACUUUCUCUACAGUUUUGGCUCCAAUGGAGAAGGAAAUGGCCAAUUCAAUGCUCCAACUGGUGUUGCUGUUGACAGUCAUGGGAACAUCUUAGUUGCAGAUUGGGGCAACUCAAGAAUACAGGUAUUUGACAGUGAAGGAUCCUUCCUGUCCUACGUGAACACAUCAGCCGAUCCACUGUACGGUCCACAGGGACUUACCGUGACAAGUGAUGGAUUCUGUGCCGUGGCAGAUUCAGGAAACCAUUGUUUUAAGAUAUAUAAAUAUUUACAAUGAUGUUGAUGCGCAUUGUAGUGCAGCAGCAGACAGCUGCACAGAAAAUGAUGAUACUCAAUACAUCUUGUGAUGACACUGUCAACCCACCGCUUCCUUCCGCCAUCUGUACAAUCCAUCACCUGCAUUGUUGUCACCGUACCAACUUGGCGAGCCCCUUUUCAAAUCUAGAUCUGCAUGUGUCAACUUGACUGUAUUGUUAUUGUUAUUAUUAUUAUUAUUAUUAUUAUUAUUAUUAUUAAUACUACUAUUGUUAUAAUUAUUAUUAUUAAUUAAUUAACAAUAAUAAUAAUAAUAUUUUUAUUACUUUUAUUUCUGUUCUGUGCAACAGAAACUCACAAAAUUAUACAAUUCCGAUGUAAAAAUGACUACUACUACUACUACUACUACUACUACUACUACUACUACUACUACUACUUUCUCUCUCCCUUCUCACAAUGUAACCUGAAAUGUGAACCCAAAGAUAAAUUGUAACAGAUUCCUCAAACAGCCCUUCAAAAUAACCCCUUAAUCUGACAUCCCACCUGUGCAAGUAUUAAUAUUGCUCAUGAAAUCAAAAUAUAAUUUGGUCAGGUGUAAAUUAAGUGUAAAUAGUCACACUCUGAUCAUAAAGUUACGAAGAGAUGCUCUCAGAAUAUACUUUGGUUAAAGUCAAGACUUAAAGAUCUGUUGACCAUUGGAGUUUGUAUUUUAUGCAGAGUGUAGUGAUUUACCAAUGUAUAGUAGAUUUAGUGUUAUACUGAAAUACCUACCUUGGCUAUGAUGUUAUAUCAACAGAUAUACUAUACAUAUACUGUAGUUAUACCAAUAUACUAUAUGUAUAUUAUUUUACCUAACCUUCUCCAUUGGAAUAUGCCUACAAUUAACACAACAUUCCUAACAUUUAGACAGAGAAAAUCAAAACAGAAUUUGUUUGCAUUUUAGCUUUAAAAAUAGUAGAAAAACAUUCCCAAAUGGAAAAUAUUUUUAUUCUGUGACUCUCUCCAUUCCCAGUGAAAAAAAACAGACCAUUUUAAUGGCAUUCUUUGAUUAUUUCCAGAUCAUUCCUUCAUUAUUAUUACACCAUUUCUUUAAAUUAAGUCAUUUCUAAACAUUUCUUCUCAGACAAUUUAUUGCGACAUAUUGGAAGUCUUAUUGUCUUUUGACUUGUUCACACAUUGUCCUUAUCAGCCUAUUGUCAUAUAAACCUAUUGUCCUAGAAACCUAUUGACCUAUACAUCUUGCUGUCUUACUAACCUGUUGUCCUUUUGUCCUAUUGAUCUAUUAUUGCCUAUAGCUUAUUCAGAACUGUGUCUGACAAUAUGACAAUGUUCCUGCCUGUAGGAAUCUUCCAAACUUAUGAAACAAAUUGUUGUAAAUUUUUAUUCAUUUUAUAUUCUAUUUUAAUA